GUAUCUUAUUUAAGAGUGAAUAUAAUUUUAUGAACAUGAAAAUUCUAACCUGAGACAGGUCCACACGUAUAAUGGAUUGGAGGAACGAAGAAAUCGAUCAGUCGAGUGUCGACAGUUUCUCAGGGGAUGAAAAAGGUCUCGUGAAAUCUAAAAGUUAUGUGAAUCUCCCUGGGUUAGAAGAUCGUGAUAAUCGCUUUGAAGGAAAUAAGGAAUCCAAGUGCUUCACUUCUGGGUUUGAAAAUUUGAAACUCGACGCUGGAAUAAAUCACGAAAUUGAUAGAAGUCCCUUUCCUGAAUCUAAGGUUGCAAAAACUUCACCCUUUGAGUAUAAAUUUGAAGCCAAAGCCCCCCUUUGUGGUUUUCGAAACCAUGAAAAAUGUUGCUAUCGACUCGUAAUUCAAGGGGCGGAAAUUUCGAAUUAUCAGGGCACAUUGCACUCGCCAGAGGAUGUGGCUCCCUGCUGGAAAAAAGAUUCGCGGAUGUGGCUUUGGAAAUCUGUUCGCUACGCUCGUAGGAAAAACAAAAUAAAAUGCUCAGUGAAUCAAAAUUUGUUGAAGAACCGACUUGACGUUUACAAACAACGUGGAGGUCCUUCAGAAAGGAUAAAUUGAAUCAAAUAUGAAUAUCUAAUUUUUUAUUAAUUUCAUUUUUUAUUGAUUUCAUUUUAUGCUGAUCUAAUAUUUAUUUUAUCAGGUCUUUUUAAUUUUAUUUAUUUGAUAAAUUUCAAGAUUAGAAAGUUAUAUAAAUAUGCAAUCUUUAUUCCUUUGUAACCUGCACUUUUAUAAUAUUUAGUAUGAAAUUCCAACAGAAAAAAGUCACAUAAUUUU